UUAUCGGGGAGUUAAUAUACCACAAGGGGAUAUCAAGGUUGACUGUCUGUAAAGUGAUGAAAUAAUAGUGUUGUAAAUCAAGUAUCUCCUGGGAGGCUCCGUUUGAUUCUUCGAAUUAAAAAGAUAUAUAAGGUGGGUUUCCAUCAGAAUUGAAUUAACUUACUGGAACUCAGCAUCGUCUCAUUGAAUCCUACCAUGGCAUCCAAAGAUCUUUCAACACCCUUUACUCUCUACUCUUCCACGUACUCAAUCUGCGCCAUCAUGGUACAGAUGACUUACGAGUUGCGCGGAUCGCCACCUGAAGGACGACCGGACAUGAAAAUAGACAGGAAGAUCAUCGACAUCAGCCAUAAAGGCCGCGAGCAAUUGAGCGAGUUUUACUUACUCAACGUCAACCCAGAAGGUGUCGUUCCCGUCUUAGUCAACGACAAAGUCCUCGGCAAGCCUAUGCCCGAGAGCGUCGAUAUUUCCUUGUAUAUUGCUGAUUGGUACCCGAGCCUACUUCCAUCUCGGCAUAAGCAAGUCAUUGAGGAACUGCUCGAUGAGCUGCAUCAGAUUAGCUACAAGCUAUUGACGUUCGGAACCCAGACGACAUUCCCUACCACUAGCGUAGCGUGGCUUCGCGAGCAGAGUCAACGACCGGAUAUAUCCGACGCCUACAGGAAGGCUUUGAAGUAUAAGGAGUCGAAGAUAUCAGUUUGGGCAGACAACCAUUCCGAGGAAGAUCUCGCGGAAGCUGAGAACCGCACGCGAGCUUUCUGCGCCAAGAUUGUUGCACUUAUGGAGAAACGCCCGGACGAAAAGGAUAAGCUUACCUACAUCUUCGGACCCGAACCGACGGUGCUUGACGCACAUGUGUUACCGUUCCUAGGGCGGGUAUACGAGAAGGAAAGAUUGUAUCUUCUUCCUCCGACUUUAGUCGAGUGGCAUAAACAAUUCAGGGAAACGGAUUUGUGGAAGCGGGCAGUUCCAGCGGGGACGACUCUGCCGCCGUUUGCGUGAAACCGAGAAAUAACUCCGAUAGCUGAGACAUACCUAUAUUAAGUAUUCCUGGAGGGAUAUCAUUUUGGGUGGAUUAUUCAGCGUAAACUUGCAGCUUUACGCUGGGUAAAGAGGACGACACAAGUG